AUGUGUUCACCUUUCCACAAUCACCACUGCCAACUGCAGAAACAAGUUAUUUUGAAGUUCAAAUUAACCCUACUUCACAAACACAGACCCAGACCAAUAAUAAUUUGCCAGCUGGCAAUGUUAAUCUCACAAGACAUAGUACUACCAUCACUUCUGUGCUAACCUCACUUGCUACUGCAAGCGGCUGUAAUGUAACUAGGCCUAUACCUUCUAGUCCUCAUUUUCCAUCUUAUUGUGAGCCAUUGAACUUUCCAUCUGAUGAAGAUGAGUUCAAAGUGAAAUGUUAAAAAAAAACUGUAGAGGAUAAAUAUAUACGUCAGUGUCGUGUCAGUUACUCAAGACCUACCCCAAAAUGGGUUGGAAGAUAUUUGAAAGUACCAUACGCCAAAAGCAAGGAAAUAGGCUUAGAGUUGAAUGUCGGAACUGGAGUGAAACAGAAACUUGAUUUGCAUUUACUGACUAAUGCAGUAAUGGUUGAGGUUUCUGAAUUUGAUAAAUGGAUUAAUAGAUCUCACAAACACAUUGUUUGUGAUAUUCUAGAUUACAACUUUGAUCUUGGUCUGCAAAAUGAGAUACGAUAUGAAUUUUCAAGCCGGACUUUGUCAAAAUGA